UCUCCCUUGAGAAAACCUCUCAAUAUAUACCUCCCGACAUAUACACAAAAUAAACUGCAGAAAGAGAGAGAGAGAGAGAGAGAGAGAGAGAGAGAGAGAGAGAGAUGGAAGGGGAGAGAGAGGUAUACAGAGAGUGCCUUAGAAACCAUGCGGCCAGCUUGGGAAGCUAUGCCACCGAUGGCUGCGGAGAGUUCACACUAGAUGACUCCUCCUCCUCCCCUGGCGGCAGCCUCCACUGCGCAGCCUGCGGCUGCCACCGCAACUUCCACCGGAAGGUCACGACGUAUGCUGCUGCAGCUGCCAACGAAGGAGGCGGCGGCGGCGGUAGAGGGCUCCUGGUGGCAGCUCCUGGAGCCUUCAGCAGCCGCCGGGGAGACCAGCACCUCGAGUUGGUUGUCACCGCAGCGGAGUCUCCCUCGGAGAGCGACAGGAGCGGCGGGGGAGGCAGCAAGAAGAGGUUUAGGACCAAGUUCACGCCAGAGCAGAAGGAGAAGAUGCUCGAGUUUGCAGAGAAGCUCGGGUGGAAGCUGCAGAGGAAGGACCUGGAGGAUGAGAUCGAGAGGUUCUGCAGGAGCGUUGGGGUGAGCCGGCAGGUGUUCAAGGUGUGGAUGCACAACCAUAAGAACUCCUCAUCCUCCUCCGCUUCCACGGGUAAUGCCUCCUCCCUCACCGGGUAGACAUAUAGAUAGACCGAGCCAAUCACAGUUCCGUUAGUAGUGUUUACGUAGGCCUCACAUUCCUUUCCCGUUCAUAGCUAAGAUGGUACAUAUAAUGUGACUGGCCUGAUCUAUUGGACUAACUUCGAGGGCCAAGGAUGCCUUGGCAAUUGGCUUAAUAAUGGUUAAUUGUUUGUAAUUCUUGCCCUUUUGCUAUAUCAGGAAAAAAGGAGCUAAAUGUCCUCUUGCCUUGCC